UAAUAAACCUGGAAACAAUCAGAUAUAGGCAAGGAAGUGUAAGGUAGUUUAAUAAUAAAAGAAUUCUUGUGUGCGACUUCUCUCAAGUCGACAAACACAGCCCUCUCUCUUACUCACACGGGAGUCAAGCUUUCUCAAAGCUCCUUUCGACAAACGUCAUUCCUUAAAGACUUUUUCCCUUUUGGAUCUGAACAUAUUCGAAAGACCAAAACACCUCAAGCUUUUAGGCUUGCCAACCCUCUUCACCCUCUUCGCCUAGAACACCUCCCUACCUCUCGUAAUAAAACAUACCUUACGUUGUAUCAGUCUAUCUCGGAUAUAAUGGGGCAAACACCAAGCACUCCACUUGCCGACUGUCUCAACGCCGUCUGCAAUGGCCGCAACGACUGCGUCGCAUUUCCUGACCAUCCGCUUUACCAAGCAUCUUGGGUCAACCGAUAUAAUCUCGAUAUUCCGGUAGAGCCGAUCGCCGUAACGAGGCCGGAUAACGCCCAGGAUGUAUCGGAUUUUAUUAAAUGCGCCGUUGCGAAUAACGUCAAGGUCCAGCCCAAGUCAGGCGGUCAUUCUUAUGCAAAUUUCGGUGUCGGAGGACAAGAUGGAGAACUCGUCAUCGAUCUCGUACAUCUUCAGGAUUUUUCUAUGGAUAACAACACGUGGCAGGCUUCCAUCGGCGGAGGCACUAGGCUCUCUGAUGUGACCGAUAGGCUUCACGAGAACGGCAAGCGAGCCAUUGCUCACGGAACGUGUCCCGGAGUCGGUAUUGGCGGCCAUGCCACCAUUGGUGGACUUGGUCCUUCGUCUCGCAUGUGGGGAUCAUGUCUCGACCACGUUAUCGAGGUAGAAGUAGUUACCGCAGAUGGCUCUAUCAAACGGGCUAACGAGAAGGAGAAUAGCGAUCUUUUCUUCGCAUUAAAGGGUGCAGGUGCGGGUUUCGGCGUCAUCACCGAGUUCGUCGUCAAGACGCACCCUGAACCUGGUAACGUUGUGCAGUACUCAUUCUCACUAUCCCUCGAUAAGCACGCCAACUUGAUACCUGUAUUUCAACAAUGGCAGGAUCUUAUCUCAGAUCCCAACUUGGACCGACGAUUUGGUACCGAAUUUGUCAUGCAUGAGCUUGGUGCUAUCAUCACUGCCACAUUCUACGGAACCGAGGAGGAGUGGAAAGCUACUGGAAUUCCCGACAAGAUUCCCGUUGGAAACGUAUCCGUAGUUGUCGACGACUGGCUAGCCGUCAUCACUCAGCAGGCAGAAGACGCUGCUCUCUGGCUGUCGGAACUCCGCGUCGCAUUUUCUGCAAAGAGUUUAGCUUUCCGUGCCGACGAGACGCUGUCCCCGGAUACGAUCUCUAAUCUUAUGAACUACAUCGACGACGCGAAACGAGGCACACUUAUUUGGUUUUUGAUCUUCGACGCGACUGGCGGUGCGAUCAGCGAUAUUCCCAUGAACGCGACCGCUUAUUCGCACCGAGACAAGAUCAUGUUCGCUCAGGGAUACGGAAUCGGCGUUCCUACCUUGAACCAGGAUACGAAGGACUUCAUGAGCGGCAUGAUGACCACGAUCAAGAGCGGUUCCGCGCAGGCUUUGACCACCUACCCCGGAUACGUCGACCCGUCAUUGACAGACGCUCAGGCAUCGUAUUGGGGCCCGAACUUGGAUACUUUGGGAGAAAUUAAAUCGAAGUGGGAUCCGAAUGAUUUGUUCCACAACCCGCAGAGCGUGAGGCCGGCGGAAACUGAUUAGGAGUCAAAAGGAGAAAGGAGACGACUUUGGCAUUGAUACCCCCUCUUCUGUGUUCUCUUCUGUGUUAAUAAUUUGAUAAUACCUACUUACAUACUG